AAAACAUUUAAAAUAUAUAUAUAUAUAUUUUGCAAUAGCUGUCAUUAUAGAUAUUAACACUGUAGGGUAAUCGGUCGUCGGCGGCGUCACAUACCGGGUGACCGCGAUCGACGUGCGACUUGCGCUAAUGUCGCUGCGCAAACAUGUGAUUGCCGGAAACACGUGAAAGGAAGAAAUUCGAGAGUUCUCUAGAAUUGUCGAACGAGAGAGGCAUGAUCCGGCGAAAAUCGGAGCGGUCGGGAAUUCUUGUCGUGUCCGGCGAACCGAACGGUCGUAAAUAAGUCGCUGUGUCGGAGUCAAAAUUGUCGAGCCGCGAGGACAGUUGCCCUUGGUUCGAAUCGUGAAAAGAAAGAUAACAUUGUUGUGUGAAUUUGUCGGUCGUAUCGUGUUGACGAUUUUCUCGUGUCGGAUAUAUUUGAAAUAAUAAGACAAGGUGACUGUUGGUGUCGAGUUUAUUGUGUUGAACUUAAAUAUUAACUGUCGUAACAACGACCCUGUCGAGAUCCGAGAAUCGAGAGUCCGGUGAAGUUCAGAACGAAUCUUUCAACUUCAGAAGAAGGGACAAACUCUUUGUCGUUUCGGUGUCCGUCGGUGGUCACGUGAAGAUCAGAAGAUCGAGUGGUGGUUGAGUGCUCGCCCUGAAAAUAGAAAAAAAAAUUAGUGAUUGUUUCUGCCGCUUGUUGGAAAUAGUAAAGUGAGUUACGCCGCGAGAACAUGCCGGGGACGCAUUCCGUCAUCGACCGUGACGCCCUAGAGGUGGCGAUAUUGGAACAAUUAAGAAAGGAAGCAAAGAAGCUCCACUUCCCGACCACUGGAGAUAGGACGGCCAUUAUUGACGUGAAUUUGAACCAUGUGGUGCAGCUCGGUUCGGCAGCGGACUCGCCGGAAGCCGGGGCUCCGGCGGCGGAGGAGCCGUUGACGGCGAGCUCUCUCAGGGAAGUCCUGACGCAGAUGCAGAGCGUCAUCCGCGAGCAGCGUGAGCUGCAAGAAAGUUUUUUGCGGCAGCAGAUGGAGAUGCAACUACAGCAGCAACAAUUUAUGCUGCAAUUGGUGCAACAAUUGACCGAACGAGGUUGGGCAAAGCCGUCGGGCACGGAACCCGAGGUUGCUCCGAGGACGGGACGCAGUAGCGAUGAAGCGCCGGGUAGAGAGGGACAGGCGGGGUCGCCUUCGAGUGCGGUCCUGGCCAACGGAAAUUCGAUUGAGUCGACGAACGGCCACAGCUAUGGCGAUAUAACCGUUGAGUUGUUGGCCACACAGAUUCCGGAAUUCGGUGGAGGCGAGGACGAAAACGUGAAUGUGUGGGUGAAACGCGUGGACAUAGUUUCUGUGAUCCACCGCGCAACGGAUGGCGUGGUUCUUUUGGCAGCGUCGAGCAAGCUGGUCAAGCUCGCUAAACAGUGGUAUGAACUGAAGCAAGAUGGGAUAGAAUCUUGGGAUGAUUUGAAGCGAGAGUUAAUGAAAAUGUUUAAACGAGGAAUUUAUUGGUUUUAUAAGACCAUGCAGAAAGUAGAAGCGAGAAAAUGGAAUCCUGGGAAAGAAUCGUUCGAUCAGUAUGUGUUUGCAAAGGAGUCGUUAAUACAUCCGUUGGACUUACCAGUAAAGGACGCGAUACACUUAAUAAUCGGUGGCAUAAAAUCCGGUACAUUGAGAGCUGCAGCUCUUUCAAUAGCAAGCGACUCACUAGGAGAUUUCUUAGGGAAAAUGCGCAUUAUUGCAGAGGGAUUCGUCGAACCUGAGAAAAAAGUGUAAAGACUCAAUGACAGAAGGGACACCGCCAGUACGAUUGCCCGGUCCUGCGUGACUGAGGCAGGAGACCGGGUGCAACGCGGCAGCAGCCGACCCUGGCGGCGAAGUGGGCCCUGACGACUAGGCGGUGGGUUUUGUUUCGGAGGUUUCACACGGGCUGGAGCUCGGCGGAUCCAUUGUCCAGGUGGACAGCGUGAUGGGGAUCGACAGGCGUGAUGUGACGGCGAUCGUGGGCACCGGGAGUCCUGUUUCCUUCGUGAAGUACAGCGUUUACUGUAAAAUGAUAAAACCAUAAACGAAAGGAUUUGUAUAUAUUACAUGUUUACCGCUGGAUGUUAUUGGAAUGAUAACGGUCGAUCUGACCUUGCGUCUCUUGAAAAAA